AGUACUUUCGAGUACCGACGAACCAUCUUUGGGGAAUACAUAGAUUCCACCUGUCGGGCGUGCGGUAGAGCAUCAGAGACUCUUUCCCACCUGUUGUCCAGCUGUAAGCAUUAUGCGACAAGUCUUUACAUCAGUCGUCACAACAACGCUCUGCGCGUGCUUUAUUACCAUCUGAGGCACGCUUAUGGGAUCGACAAAGGUCCUACGAUCCCAUGGGUUCCUGCAGAAGUGGAGUCAGUGGUAGAGCGUCCAAAUGUUAAGAUCUAUUGGAAUUAUGCUCAUUCCACGACCAGACAACUCACUGCUACGAAGCCGGACAUCACUCUAUUUGAUGUGGUUGCCAAGGAGAUCUUUGUGAUCGAAUUCUCCAUCCCAUCAGAGAGGAAUAUCUCCCGCAAGGAGGAGGAAAAGAGAUCGAAAUACCAAGAUCUAUUGUUCGAACUUCGAGGUCAACAUCCCGGCUACCGUGUGCACCUUGUCGUCCUGAUUGUGGGAUGCCUUGGCAGCAUGAAGGACACGCUGAUGGCAGAGCUGGAGAAAAUACCAGUCUGCAGAUCUAAAGCUUACUCUUUGGCCUACUGCAUGCAGAAGGCCGUCCUUUUGGCCUCCAUGCAGCUCCUCCGCACCCAUGGACUGAGUUCCUCUGCUGAGCCACGGAAUGAUGAGAGUCACAGCUGCGAGUAUGGUUCAACUAAGUAUUUUGCCUUGUGUGGAUUUGGAGGAAUUCUAAGCUGUGGAUCCACACACACAGCACUGGUUCCACUUGACUUGGUGAAAUGUCGAAUUCAGGUGAAUCCUGACAAAUUCAAGAACAUCACCACUGGCUUCAGGAUAACAUAUCGGGAGGAUGGAUUCAAAGGUCUUGGACGUGGCUGGGCACCCACUUUCUUUGGAUAUUCCCUUCAAGGCCUUGGAAAAUUUGGCUUAUAUGAAGUCUUCAAGGUUCUCUAUGGGAAUAUACUUGGCGAGGAGAAUUCAUUUUUGUGGCGAACAAGCUUGUAUCUGGCUGCAUCAGCAUCUGCAGAAUUUUUUGCUGAUAUUGCUCUGGCCCCCAUGGAAGCUUGCAAGGUGAAAAUGCCAUUGUUCUCUCAUUUUGCAUGCUUUGAGAGGACAGUGGAAGCCCUAUAUAAGUAUGUUGUACCCAAGAAACGAAAUGAAUGCUCAAAGGGCGAGCAGCUUAUUGUCACGUUUGCAGCUGGUUACAUUGCUGGUAUAUUCUGUGCAAUUGUUUCCCAUCCUGCUGAUACCAUCGUGUCAAAACUGAACCAGGAUAAGGGAUCUACAGCUGUUGAUGUUGCCAAGAAGCUUGGCAUGAGAGGUCUGUGGAAGGGUCUCUUCCCAAGGAUCAUCAUGAUUGGUACACUGACUGCUGCUCAGUGGUUCAUCUAUGAUGGAGUCAAAGUAUGGCUUCGACUACCACGCCCUCCCCCACCAGAAAUGCCAGAGUCCCUGAAGAAGAAACUUGCCAUCAAGCAACAAUAGAUAUAUAACCCAUUAGAUCCAAGUUCUUUAUUGAUAUUGUUUUAAUUUUUCUGUGUAUUGUAUGCUAUUAUCAUUUGUGAAACCCAGAUCUGGAGAUGCAAUGGUAUUGGAAUUUCAUCACUACCCCAAAUUCUGAGUUCAUGAAACCUGGUGUUUUGUCACCUCCAUGACAAAGGCUUAAUGAAAAGGGUGAAUUGGAUCAGGCACUCAGCUUUCUAUUUUUAAAGUCAGAAAAAAAUUUAAACAUAUACUUGAGAUUAUUACACUCAAGGCCAUGUUUUAAAAUUAAAGGUAAACCUUACCCAUGAAUGUACUGGUUACCUAAUGUUGCAGAGCAUCCAUGGCCAUUUCCUGAUAUAAUGAUCUUAAUACCUGAUUUUAAUCAGUAAAAUACCCCUGCAUCUCUAUCAAGUUGCAAAGUAGAUGGCAGCCAAGUAAAAUGAUUGAAAGUG